AUGGAGUGUGCUACUCCGGAGGUUUAUCCCAAAACCUCCGUUGAGGACGAAGCGGAGCGCCGCCGCACGAAGCAGGGCACCGUUCAGGCCAUUCUGACGGCCAAGGCGGCGGAGACGCGCGGGCGUGCGCCCGCUGAAGCGAUGCGACUGGCCAAACACAUUGAUAUGUUCCGUGAAGACUUGGGCGAUGACCACACCAAGACAAACGUGCUGUUUGUGUCGGUGAUGCUGCUGUCCUGCGGCGGCACGGACGUCGUCUGGAGUAGUCUGUGGACGUCCGGCGCCGUGUUCUACGAUAUGCUGUGUUCGCCAGCUCAAAUUGGCAUACUGCACUGCGACGGGUUGCAGAGUUACCCCGGGUGUGCCACGAAUCGUUUUGUGAUGGUGCUGUUUGUGGCCAACAUUGCGACGAAACUAUGGAUCGCCAUUUCGAUAUGGAAGGCUGUGGCUGUGGCCAAGCCCGAAGUUGUACCCACGGCAGAAGCGAUGCACCUUUCACCGCCUCCUGGAACGAAUAUCCCGGACGCCCCCACCGCCAUCCCAGUCGAAUAG